GAAAUGCGCCUGCUCAGGUUUCAACUUCCAAUUCUUCGAACCAUUCUUUGAACAACUCUGCCCACUCGGCAGCCACUUCUCAGCAAUCACAGUCGUCACAGCAGCACCAGCAGCACCAACACCAACAGCAGCAUCAACAACAACAGCAGCAGCAAUCACAGGCAGCAGGAGGCACCAAGGGAAACACUCCCCGCCAAUUACUGGUCGCUGGAUACCACCAUCGUUGCGUCCGCAGCAUGGACUUACGCAGAGCGAGAAGAACGAUGCCGUGUUCCGGCGCGUAAGGGGAAUACUGAACAAGCUAACGCCCGAGAAAUUCCAGGAGCUGAGCGAUGAACUACUGCAACUUGACCUCAAUUCGAUUGUCAUUUUGAAUGGUGUGAUCUUGCUGAUCUUUGACAAGGCAUUGGAUGAGCCCAAGUACUCGUCUAUGUACGCACAGCUGUGCAAGCGCCUGUCCGAGGAAGCACCAUCGUUUGAUAAGGAACCAAACAACUCUUGCACUUUCCUGCGACUCCUGAUUGCCGUCUGUCGCGACAAGUUUAACAAUCGUCUGAAGCGCGACGAGAACGACAGCAGACCGCCACCAGAAAAUGAGGCCGACGAGGAGGAACGCCGCCACCUGGCGAAGCAGCGCAUGCUCGGCAACGUUAAAUUUAUUGGGGAGCUCAACAAGCUCGACAUGCUGUCGAAAACCGUGCUGCAUCAGUGCAUCAUGGAGCUACUGGACAAGAAGAAGAAGCGUAGGGCCGGUGCGCGGGAAAUGUGCGAGGACAUGGAAUGCCUGGCUCCGUUGCUCAAGACUUGCGGCAAGAAUCUGGAUUCAGAACAGGGCAAAGAGCUGAUGAAUCAGUACUUCGAGACGUUGGAACGUCGAUCAAAGUCAACUGAAUAUCCACCAAGGAUACGCUUCAUGCUAAAGGAUGUCAUCGAGCUGCGACUGAACCAUUGGAUUCCACGCAAGGUUGGCACCGCCGAGGGACCCGUCCCCAUAAAGCAAAUACGCUCGGACGACGACUCUAUCAUACGCACCCCCUUCCCCAAUCGCAAUCGCGAUAUGCGCAACAACGAUCGCGAUUCCGACAGCUGGAUGAACCGAUUCCACUUGAAUAUCCAGCCUGGCUAUAAUGAUAUGUUCAGCGGGCUAAGUGUCGCCGGAUCCUCUCCCAUUGUGUCCCCAUUCGCCACCAGCUCGAAUCGGGACCGAGAUCGCGAUAAUCGCCAGUACAACAAUCGCGGCGACCGCAAUCGCGACCAGAACGGAGGCGGCGGCGGCGGAAACUACAACAAUCGCUACAACAAGCACAACCAGAACGGUGGAGGAAAUGGCGGAGGAGGGUCAUCUGGUAACCGGGACCGAGUUCGGGAUGAUUCGCGCAGGAACAACGACCGGGACAGGGACCGCAACGACGGACAAUAUGGCGGUAAUCAGCUGCUGGGCAGCAAGGAGCUAGCGCCGCGUUUUAAGCGCAAUUUGAUCACCACGAACCAGGAUGCGGUGGAGAACUUGCAAAUGCGCCCGGCGGCCAACUCCUUGCUUUUCCGAGCGGCCAACCAAAACCAGAAGUUCCCAGCCACGUUGCCCAUGUCGACGCCACCCAACAGCAGCCAGGGCAAGGACCAGGGACAGCUAUCCAAUUCCCACUAUCCAUCCCAUCUGAUGAAUCCCACACGUCCAUCGUCCACCCCGUCUGCGGAAUACGCGGAUAACAAGACACUCCACGGAGUUCAGCAAGAGAAGACCCUCAAGGCGACCUCAUCGUCGCCCAACUUCAGCUCGGGUGGCUCGCGGGAGAAAUUAGAUGAGCAGAACGCGGACGCCCAAUCCUCAAAGUCUUCGAACGACGGCAAAGAACAUGAACAACCGAAGAGUGGUUCCGUGGAGAGACCUAGCACACCAUCAGGCAAUGGCUCGGCCAAGCAGCAGAAGAAGGAUAAGUAUACCAGCAAGGAGGAACAGGGCAAGAAGGCCACCCUCUACUUCAAGGAGAAGUUCUUCUACGACGAGGAGCCAAAGGAUGAGGAGACAGAGGUCGAAGCUCCAGCGCCAGCUGCAGAGCAGGAAGGGGAAACACCAAUACCCUCCCUCAAAUCUGACCGAUUCAGUGAGCUAGUUGAGGGAUUCCUCGAGCUGAAACUGCCCGAGAAGUCCCUGAAGGAUGUGUGCAUGAACUUGCUGAUGGAUGUGUUGGACCGUGUGAAUGAUGUCUACUUGGAGCGCGUCGUGCGCUUCUUGCAGACAUUACGCAAACAGUCGAGCAUCAAGCCGAACAUUGUAGUGGAGGUCUUCAAGCAGUUGGUCAACAAGAUGAACGAGCGCGAAGCUCUCAAUCCGAGGAUCACGGCCCACGUGGCGAGUGUCCUGAGCAAGGCCGUAUGCGAGCCAGCUCUGCUGAAGCUGAACGACAUCGCCAACUACACGGACAAUGGGCAGCACUUCCCGCUUUUCCUCUUGGUGCUGCAGCAGCUGCAUAAGAGCAUUGGCAAGGAGGCCUUGGAGGAGAAGUUCCGAGCAAGUAAAAUUGACCUGAUGAACAGUCUGCCAGAGGUUGAUCGUAACAAGGAGAGACUGGCCGAAAUACUCGAGGAUCGCAGUCUUUCCUUCCUUUAUCCGUUGUUGAAAGUGCAGGCCGAGAUGAUGAAGCAGUUGCUGUCCGAUCCCAGUCCGACCAACUUCUAUAAGUGGAUCAAAUCGAAUGUGGACAACAAGUACUACAAGGACCCCGGCUUUAUUCAGUCCCUAAUGACCGUAGUGGUGAAAUAUAUAACCAAGGAGACGACACUGGCCCCCAAUCUGGUCCCAAAGGAAGCUCCGGAGAAGGCCGUUACCCAGAAGGAACAGCAACUGCUGGAGAACUAUAGUCAGAUGCUGCAGACCUUCCUUGGACAAAACGAACUACAACUGAUCGCGUUGUAUGCCCUGCAGGCGUUCUGCUUUAACGAGAAUUUCCCCAAGGGCAUGCUGUGCCGUUGGUUCAAAUAUCUGUACGAGUCUGAAAUCAUCGAGGAGGAAGCAUUCGUCUCUUGGAAGGAGGAGAUUUCCGACAAAUAUCCAGGCAAAGGAUCCGCUCUGUUCCAAGUGAACGCCUGGCUGACUUGGCUACAAGAAGCCGAGUCCGAGGACGAUGAGGAUUAAGAAGCACCGCCCCGAAUAACAACAACUCUAUUGUAUAUCACAUUAAUUUAUAUUCACAAAUUGAUUACAUGAAAAAAAGAACAAAGAAAACGCCGCAACAAAAAAAAAAAAACAAAACAAAAGAUAAAAUCAGCAGGAUGAAAAUGAAAGCUUGGAAUCGCGGUUGCAAAUCUUAGUCAAAUUAUAGUAGAAGAACCCUCAAGUUAAUCAAAAUUAUUUGAUAUUCAAAAAAUGCAAACAAUUAACAACUUAGUAUCAACAAAUAAAACGCAAUAGACGCAAACGUAUAGAAUAUUAUUCCACGAAAUAUAAACGCAAACGAAAGUAGUAGAUUUUAAUUGACAUUUCAAGUCACGAACGCAUAUAUACAAUACAUUUUUAAUUUACAAUUAGUAAAUCUUGACUCAACCGGUACUGAGAACUGAUCUAUCGAAUAAUAUAUUCCCCCUUUUUUUGUUAUCUCUAUUCAAUUGCCACUCGCACAUCUCUUCGUUUUUGUAUUCACCUUAAGUAAUUCAAAUCAAACAACGCUAAAAAUAUAUAAAUCAGUACAUAUGUGCAGUAGAUGCGAAACUAUAAAAUCUGAUUGUAAUUCUGAACAAAAUAUCGUACAUAUGUAUUUUAACCUAACAAAAAAAAUCUAUAAAAAUCUGCCGACAUUAAUAAGAGCUCUAAUAAAAAUGCAACCGACACUGCGAACGGCAAAA